AUGUUAGAAGAAGGACAAUUAAGAUUAUUAGAUACUGAUACUUCUAUAGUUGUUCCUGUUGAUACUCAUGUUAGAUUUAUAGUUACUGCUAAUGAUGUUUUACAUUGUUUCACUAUUCCUUCAUUAGGUAUUAAAGUUGAUGCUUGUCCUGGUCGUUUAAACCAAGUAAGUGCUUUAAUACAAAGAACUGGAGUUUAUUAUGGUCAAUGUAGUGAGUUAUGUGGAGUUAAUCAUGGAUUAAUGCCUAUCAAACUAGAAUGUGUACCUAUUGGUGAUUUUGUAGAAUGA